GGUUACAACUUGCGUGUUUUUGAACAGUGCGUACCGUGUUGAGAGUUACUUUAUUAUUUUAUUAAAUUAAUUUAUUAAUUAUUAUUAUUAAGUUUAAAUUAAGUGAUAAUUUGGAUUGUUUAUUGUUAUUUUAACAAAUAGACAUAGAUUUUGUGUAUGAAAAUGUUUAUUUUGAACACAAUCUUGCUGCUAAGUUCAGUGACCUUGGCCCUGUGUCUCGUGGACAAUGACCUCUACAGCACGAGCCGGCGCGCCGGGUACGGGUUACUGAGACCCGGGUAUGACGGACCCGGCUACGGUGGGGGAUACGGCGGGGGGUACGGUGGACCCGGCUACGGGGGCAACUACCCCGGUCAAUAUCAAGGUGGUUAUGGAGGGGGAUAUAAUGGAUAUCCGGGAGGAUAUGGAGGAUACGGCGGAUAUGGACAGAACAGUGCCGGAUAUGGAGGCUAUCGGCCCGGCUACGACAACCGUCCCGGAUAUAACUACCCCGGAUCAACAGGUUACCCCGGGUCAGGGUACCCCGGUUACUCAGGCUACAGACCCGGGUACCAACGCCCCGGGUACGACAGACCCUAUGGGAACAGUUACGACGGUUACGGUGGAUUCGGGGAUUUCAGAUCACUCAGCACGAGAUCCGGGGACGCUAAAAAGACAAUUUAAAACUGUCAAUAUUUGUAAAAUAAAUAAACAAUUGCUCUCUAUUUAAAAAAAAUAUAAUAUUAUUUAAAUAAA